AAUAAACAAGACAAAAUUUUACACAUCAAAUUUAAGUUUAAGCGAGUUUAAGAUCAAAUGAUAGAGUUUAAACUAAUUGAACAAAUUUAAUCGUUUUUUUCGAAAAAUCAAAUAUCAACUGAAAACAUCGUGUAUCGAAAAUUGGUAUUGCGUGCCUCGGAGGUUGCGUGUUUUCCGCAGCAUAAUGCAAAGUGAAAAAAAGGAAGGGAAUCCGACUGGAAUCAAAAGUAGUGCAGAAGUGAGAAGUGAAGACGAUCCAAGUGAAAACGGCAUUGAGCUAAUUGAGUCGAGGAACGAAGAAUUUAUUCAGCAAGAUUCUCCUGAAAACAAAUCCUUGGAUGAGUUCGAGUUUGUCAGUUUUCCCUCUUCCCCAAAAGCCAACUACGAGUCUGAAGACUUUGACCCUUUGAUGGAAAAGGAAUCGGAAACAAUAGUGGACGAGGAGCCUGUUGUAAUCGAAGAGAAAUGUAUAAAAACUGCGACGGUGGUUCAGCCGAUCAGGACGGUGCAAAUCCAACCAGGCACCCUCGGAGGGACCUUCUUCCAAGUUAUCCAAACCACCCCGGGCGGAAACCACCCUCGGCUGAUCCUGCAGAGCUCAGCAGGCAGUUCCGUUCUUCCCAAAAUCGUCCCGAAGCGGCCUCAGCUGAUUAAGUCGAGGGAGCCGGAGGAGAGCGGUCGGUACAAAAAGGCGCAGCCUCGGAACUGUCUGCACUGCGACACGCCCCAAGCCUUCCUGGAGCAGCACCUGGAGAACGAGGAGUGCUACAAGGCGAUCGUCAAGUGCUCCAACUGCCACCGCAUCUUCACCAGCGAGAAGAACUACUUCAGCCACUUCUCCCUGUGCUCCCUGCAGAGCAUGACCUGCGAGUUCUGCGAAAAGGUUUUCACCUCGGGCUACCUCUUCGCCUACCACUGGUACCACGAGCACACCGACGAGAUCCCCAGGGACGUCAACGACUGCGACCUCUGCCACAACAACUGGUGCCAACUGUUGGUUGGCAUGGGCAAGCCGAAGUGCAUGAUUUGCAGCAGCUACUACAGCAGCAGGGUGUCGCUGCUGGUGCACGUGCACGCGAGCCACCUGAAGGCCAGUUUCCAGAUCCAGCGCAUCAUGAAGAAGAGACUCACCUGCAAUUUGUGUUUCAACAACUUUGACUGCGCCAAAGAACUCGUGCGGCACUACCUGCGGCUGCAGUGCAAGUUCCGCAGGUGCACUUUUUGCAAGGCCGUGCUCAAGGACAAAGACACGCACACCAAACACGUGGACAAUUGCCACAACUUCCAAAGGGACCAAACCAUUCUUGUCCCUGGGGAACACCACCAGUGCAUGCGGUGCUCCGACUAAAGUCAACCCGGACCAAAGCUUGCAAUAAUCAGUCAAUCCGAAAAUUGUUUAUUUUGAUUUUUGUCCAAAAUUUUUUGACCGAAUUCGAUACAAAAAUUGAAUUGACUUUAAUAGUUUUGAUCCUCCAAUUCCUGGGUAAUUUUAUAAAAAUGAUCAAAAUUUAUGAUGUGUUUGAGACUGAAGUAAAUAUUUUAAAUUAUGAAAGUGGAGAUUUAUUACUUUGUCUGCAAGUACUUUUGGUCUGGUUAAAUGUUGAAAAGUGAUCUUUACGCACUGCAUUGAUUUACAGGUUGUUUUCAUUUAAUAAAAUAAAAGUCAUCGCCUUUAGCAAAGAACAUCUUGUGUAUUAAUAUAUUCUUAAAAUUAUUUAUUUAAUAUCUGUACAAGUAUACACAGUUAGCGGAAGAAAUUAAACAUUGUUUUGUUAAAAAAUAUCUUAGCAGUGUUUUUGUUAACAGGAUUGUUGUUGAAAAAGUUGUGAAAUUUUAGUAUAUUCCAAGCUGCAAUUUCAGUUCUCCACUUUACUAUGAAAUCUUUCAUAGUAUCGGGAAUUGUCAAAGUCACAGGCGCAGGUUCAGUAUUUCCAGCAGGGACCAAAUUUCUUUCGUUUCUGCAGCACAAAAGGCUUAGAAAUUUCUUUUUUCAGUAAUUAUCUGAGGACAACUUACAGAAGGGUCUGACCGGGUGUUGAUUCCAAAGGUAGCGGUUGCUGACCGGGGACAAGUACGAUCUCCGCAGGUACGACGGAGACGAGCGGUAGACGUAGUCGGACUCGAAGGGCUUCAGCUCAGGGUAGGCGUACCACCAGGGGUCGCGCACCACCGACGCAGCCGACAAAUAGGGGCUGGGACUCAUGAUGCGCACCAGGGCGGGCCGGCUGAUGCCCUCCCGAGUGUAAAUAGGGUAACCUG